GCCUCUCUGGCCUCCUUGCUCCCUCUGUCCCCCGUGCCUCUGCUUGGCCCUUUUGCCUCCUCUCCCCAUCUCGCCUCCUCCUUGGGGUUGUUCUUUUUCUUCCGUUCUUUUUUUGGUCCUCCAUCCGCACUCUCACCAUGCACGGCGUCCGCCGGGAACGCCUUACCGCGGCUGCGGCUAAAAUUAAGCGCGAGGCCACCGAGAAGAAGAUCGCCAACUACCAGGAAGUGGCGGUGGCCUUCUUCGAUUUGCGCAAGGCCCAGUGCGCGACGGUCGAGCCGGAAACCUCGCUGCGCGUGACCUAUGAUCUGCUAGACCUCAACCCCGAGCUCAAUACCGCCUGGAAUUACCGCCGGGAUGCCUUUUGCCGGCUGUUUGACAUCCCGCUUGCUGGCACCAAGGAGGUCACCUACCCGGAGCUGGCCCCGGCCACGAGCAUGGACGCCCGGAAGGAGCUCAUCGAACAGGAGCUCCGUGGCAUCGUUGGCCGUAUCCGGGCCUUCCCCAAGUCCUACUGGGUCUGGCACCACCGCGUGUGGGUCAUUUGCUGUCUGGUCCUCGGCAUCCCGGCGCAGGGGGCCACAUCCGAGCGCCUGGGCGGCGUGCUGGCCCCGAUGACGGUCGAUGCCACCAAUGUAACCCCCUCGCCAGCGGGCUACACUCCCGAGGAGCAGCUGGCCCUCUUGCAGAAGGAGCAGCACCUCUGCAAGGAGAUGCUCCGCCUGGAUGACCGGAAUUUCCACUGCUGGGACUAUCGGCGGUUUGUUGUCUCGCAGCUGGCCCGGCUGACGCAGGCCGACCGGGCGACCGGCCUGGCUGAGGUAUACCAGGCGGAGUUCGACUUCACUCGGAGCAAGCUCGCCGACAACUUUUCCAACUACUCGGCUUUCCACCUGCGUACCCGCUUGCUCCCGGCGCUGGGGAUGCAGCUGGAUGCUGAGUUCGAACUGGUCAACAAUGCCAACUUCACCGAGCCCAAUGACCAGAGCCCGUGGUUCUACCUCCGCUGGCUCCUGUCGCAGGUCCAGGCGGACCCCAACGCCAAGACCAUCCUCCGUGAGCAGUUGGACAACUUGGAGCAGCUGAUCGAGCUGGAGCCCGAGUGCAAGUGGCCGGUGCUCUUCUUUGCCCUCGUUGCCCAGAAGCUGGUGCUCUUCUCCUCGGAAACCGAUGCCGCGGCCCUCACCCAGGCGGCUAAUCUCCGGCUGACGGAACUCGAGCAGAUGGACAGUCUGCGGGCCGGCUACUACCAUGACCUGCAGUCCACCUGAAGGGGGUGGACAUCAAGCAGCUUUCUCGCCCCAUGUGUGGGGAGUAGGAGGCUGGUUUAGAUCGACACGUCUGUCCCCCCCCCCCCUCCUCCCUUCGGGUGCACGCGAGAGCGCUUGCUUGUCGGUGUGUGUGUGUGUGUGUG